GACCGGCCGUGCGGAGCGGGUCGAGGGCGACGUCUCUCCAGCUGUCGUUUAACUGGACUUGUCCGAGAACUGUACCGGAAACUCUGCUCGCGUGCACCCGGCGGGAACGGAGUCGCUGAGGGACUCGUUCUGAGGCGGGAAAAAACGGAAUUACUGCUCAGAAAGGCUCAUUUUCCAAGUUGGAUUCUUUAUUUAAGGACAGUCUUUCCCCUCAAACGCGAAGACCAUCGUAGUGGACAAAAAUAGGCGUUUUUAACGACACACACUGGUGUCAAAAUCAUUCACGUUCUGCACUUAAAGGUUUGGCACUCCUAAGGCGGGAAUUCAACCGAAACGAGAGCCCAUCAUCCGAUCUCACGCAUCGGAUUCCGUCGCCACCGAGUGAAUAAAUAAAUAAAUAAAGUCUGACUGACUGGACAUACAGGCGAGCUGACGCGUCCCACGUUUGACAGCUUUUUGAAAGCGUCUCAGUUUACCUCACCUCAAGCAAGAGGAGGAAGAAUUGGAUGAGGAGGAAGAGGGGUAAACCCACGCCAGCGUGAUCCCUUCAGUCAUCAAUGGGAAAUACCGGAGCACACGCGACUAGGGCGAACGUCGCCGCGCUCUCACCGUGAGAGAGUUUUAAAAGAACGCGCGUUGAGCAGUAAAAAGAGCACUGUUAAGUUGAACAUACUCGUCAAUCAGGAGAAGAACCGUGUGGAGAAUUUAUCGUUCAUGUGGCACAUGAAUGAGAAAACAAAACGCGUCACCGAGCUUCCGAACGCUUGUUGAGAAUGUGGGAAUGUUUAAUUACUGUCGAAGCUGAAGAUGACGGAAGCUUCGUGAGAAAGAUACCGAGCGCGUUUUUGUGAGAGGGGGUGAAGUUUAUUCGACAUGCCCGAGAAUGUCUCCCUCAUCAGGAACCGGACGGAAGUCGGGCAGGGUCGCGCUUGGGGUAGCGGAGCAGGCGCGCGUCCAGCAUGGGUCGUCAUGGUGCUGGCCAGUGUGCUGAUCUUCACAAGCGUGGUGGAUGUGCUCGGUAACGUGCUGGUGAUCAUCUCGGUGCUCAGAAAUAGAAAACUGAGAAACGCGGGUAAUGCGUUUGUAGUGAGCCUGGCUUUCGCCGAUCUCCUGGUGGUUUGCUAUCCGUACCCUCUGGUCUUGCACGCCAUGCUGCAUGCGGGCUGGUUGCCUGGGGAGAUGGAGUGUAAGGUCAGCGGCUUCCUGAUGGGAGCGAGCGUCAUCGGCUCCAUCUUCAACAUCACCGCCAUCGCCAUCAACCGCUACUGUUUCAUCUGCCAGGCCAACACCUAUGAGAAAAUCUACGGCCGUACCGGAACCCUGGUGCUGCUGACAUUAGUCUGGGUGCUCACCGCCAUCGCCAUUCUUCCGAACCUGGCGCUGGGGUCGUUGACGUACGACCCUCGCGUUUACUCAUGCACAUUUAGUCAAACGACAAGCGCUGGCUACACCAUCGCAGUGGUGACCGUGCAUUUCCUGCUUCCUAUCGCAGUAGUUACGUUCUGCUAUCUGAGGAUUUGGGUGCUGGUGCUCCGCGUGAGGAGGCGGGUCACAACCGACGUCAGGCCACGCCUCCGCCCGAGCGAGCUGCGCCACUUCCUGACCAUGUUCGUCGUCUUUGUGCUGUUCGCCGUCUGCUGGGCGCCGCUGAAUCUGAUUGGCCUGGCUGUAGCGGUGGACCCGCCCCGUGUGGCGCCCAUGGUCCCUGAUUGGCUGUUUGUGGUGAGUUAUUUCAUGGCAUAUUUCAACUCCUGUCUGAACGCAGUAGUGUACGGACUGCUCAAUCAGAACUUCCGCAGAGAAUAUCGAAGAAUACUUCUGUCCCUUUGUAAGCCACGCCUCUUCCUGCAGGAGACGUCAAGGGGCGGGACUGAGCGCAGCAACAAACAGUCACCUGCCAACAACAAUAACGACGAUCAGCCCAAAGCGAACACAAUAUAACAUACCCACUAUACAUGUAACUCUUUACGAAUAUCAAAGAGAGAAUGCUGCAAAACAGUUUUAAAAUGCAUCCACUGUUUUUAUGAUACCACCCUCUGAAAAAAAAAAAACAAUACCUCAUUUGUUGGAAACCAUACAGCUUAAAAAAAUUAAUUACAUCUCACAAAAAUUAAUUACAUCUCACAAGUAAUACAAUCACAUUCAAUGAAUGCAUGCUAAUGAUUGAGUGCAAUAAGUCAUUACCAGACAAAAGGUGCAAGCUUGAGGAAGACAAAGACUGCAGAACAUCUUCAAACAUGCGCCCCUAGAAAAUAACUUAUUUUUCUCACUGUUAGCUGGAGGCUGUUUCCUCCAACCGUCCAUAAAUUCACACCUAACAGAUUUCUCACAAGAAGGCGGCACCCAGAGGACUCGCACAGUUUUACAAGUGCUUCCUUAAUGAUAUAACAACAUUAAAGAAACGCUCCCCAAUUGCUCGCACAUUGACCGCUCAGCACCUUGACAUACGUUUUCCCAGCGCUCCAAUAGCGUUAGCACUUUUGGCACUGUAAGUACACUAGAGCCUCCCCUUGUGCUAUGCAACCAAUUAAUUUUAAGCUCAACGGAGAAAGUGUAAAACUAGGGCUCCCUUAGGUUUGCAGCAGAGGUUAUCCAAACGUUCCCCAAAACACUGCAGCAACGUUCGUGUAAAACUUCCCCUAUUGCUAUGCAAACUCAACUUGAGCAACUCCCACAGCUGCAUUCAUGCGAACACUGUGGAAAUCUUCCUGUAACCUUCCCACAACAUUCCUCUACUAGGUCUGCGGAUGCAGUCCUAUGGGAAUAUGCCAAAAAGCUGCAAGAACAUGUUCUUAUAUUCUCCAUAGGUUUAAAAACAAAACAUCAUACAGUACGCUCCCUAUGUCUGUGCACCAGCGGAACGCAUCUGCACAUACUGCACGUUAUGGCAUACUUACAUUAAAACUUUCAAAAGUUUAGCAUUGAAUCCAUUAACAGGGUUCAAAUGAUCAACACAAUUUAAUAACAUAAAAAUAAUGAGCAUAGGGCUUCAUAUUGACUAUUUGUCAACAUUUUUAAUUUCUUAAUAGUCUGGUUUAAAUAAGACAAAAGUUAGAAUAAUCUUUGUUAAUAUACCUACUUUAAUUACUCUGCAUUACUCUGUCAUUAGACAUUUUAUACACUACCAGUCAAAGGUUUUUGAACAUUAAGAUUUUUUACCAAGCCUGCAUUGAUUUGGUCCAAAGUACGGCAAAACCACUAACAUCUAAAACAACUGUUUUCUAUUUGAAUAUAUUUUAAAAUGUAGUUUAUUCCUGUGAUUUCAAAGCUGAAUUUUUAGCAUCAUUACUCCAGUCACAUGAUCCUUCAGAAAUCAUUCUAAUUCUGAUUUGCAGUUUAAAAAACAUGUAUUAUUAUUAUUAUUAUUAUUAUUAUUAUUAUGUUGAAAAGAGUACAGUAGCAUUUUUUUCAGGGUUCUUUAAUAAAUAAAAAGCAUUUAUCUGAAAUAGAAAUCUUUUGUAACAUUAUAAAUGUCUUUAUCAUCACUUUUGAUCUAUCUAAAGCAUCCUUACUAAAUACAAUUAUUUGUAUUAUUUAUAUUUUAGUAUUAUUUGGAUCAAAUAAAUGCAGGCUUGGUAAGCAGAAGACAAUUCUUUAAAAAAAACAUUAAAACUCUUAACUUACUGUUCAAAAACUUUUGACUGUUACCAUGUGCCAGUCAAUCAAAGAUUAAAGAAGGACCUAAUUUGUUAUGAAAUACAUUAAAUAGCUUUGAUAAACUGUACAAACUGACAAAGCUGCGUAGUCUGAGGCAAGUUUCCAUCUCAGUCAUAUAAGUUACUAAAAUCACGUUUUUAUAGGCUAAAUGUUACACUAAGCACCUGAUAAUUUUAACAUGUUGCUUCACAAAUAAUGUAGGUUUUACUUUGCCUACCUAACAGUAGUCCGUCUGACUGUGAUGAAAAGCAGUGGGCGCAUGCCGUGGUAGAUUACCGUUUCACAAAGAAAAAAAAAUUGGGGUGUAAGUGUUACGUUUAAAUUUUAAAACGCGACUCUUUUCCAUGUCCCUGCGCUGUUUUUCGCGUAUUUAAAAGCAAAAACGCGUUCUUACACGGGCUCUUUCAAAUUCGUUCAGCUCGCCGCAGUUUUAAAGUCCUCCGACAUUUACAUAGCCAGCUGUUGAAAGUACCAAUUCCGACCGUCAAUCUGCAGGUUUAAAAUACCAAUCAUUGAUUGAAGAAUUAGAUGAGGACAUACCUAAACUGUUUAGCGAAAUAAAUAACUUUUGUCUAACUUUUUGUAGAGAAUUGAAUGUUAAAGUGAUUUAGAUUAGCUUUACUAACGCCUUACUAAUUUGUCCUCGUUUGUUCCUGACAUUCAUACAAGUUACUGAUUUUUGAUGCUUUUUCCUUCUCAUGUAAUUUAUUUUUAGAAAUUGAUCUCCACAACCUGUGCUCACCUCAGACAUCUUUUUAGGUACUUUUUCAUUAUUCUGGAAAGGAUUUUGCUACAACAGUGUUUUGUCUUUGAAGAUUACACUAGAGAUGUUUUCACUGUGUGUGUAUAUUGUGUGUACAGUAUGUGAACUUUUUAAGCCUCAAAAUUUUAAAACUAUAAUCUGCCAAAAAAAGAGAAAAACUGAUGGGUGAAUUCACAUUUUAGCAAAAAAAAAUCCCUCACUAUAAGCACCCAUAGUUCAGUUUAAUCACUCGUCUAGCACUCAGAAAUUGAUCAGAAAUUGCAUUGAGAAAAUUCCAUUCAGCACAGAUUUUUGAUCAUUACCUGAUUUGCGUAAUUCCUAUAGUGUCUCGGGUGCUAAAACAACGCAGAGAAUCCUAGACAUGGGAUGACAAUUCACAUUAAUCAGUGGAUCUUCCAGUACAGGAGAUUUAAGCCUCAAAUUUUCAGUAUUCAAAUUAUGAUUACCAGUAGCAGUAAUGUUUUAGAGAUUUAUUGUGAAGAGUUUUUGGCUCCUUUUCCAAGCGGGCUUCAAUUCUGAUCGCAGUGAGUAAUAAUGCUUUAUGAAAGGCAUCAAUGCACUAAAGUAUACUACAAUCUUUAAUUAUUGUACUUUAUAACCUGUUGAACCAUGAUGCACUUUGGCGGUCUGUAAUGCAAUUUUUAUUUUACGUGGUUAAAUGUAAAUUUAAUUUUGCGUCCCGUUCAAUUUGGAGAAAUGUUGGUGAAACCCAAACACCAUAUGGUCCGAGAGUGCUCAGGGUGUUAAAAAAAUACUCUUACCAAGAGUUCAAGUUUACCUGACUGCAUUUCAGGUUCUUAGUAACAAUGAUCUAUUUUAACUGUGAGUUCAUAUCAGACCAUGUGAGGUGGGGUUGUGACAUCUUUACCUGGAGUAUUACAAACACAAUAGGCUACAGUCGCCCUUGAGGGCGAUUCAAAAGCACAAUGAAGAUGUCAUGAGAAAGAGAGCGGCGUAUUUGUUCUGUUUACAGUUCCAGUGUUAUCUUAGUAAUGGAGUUUGUCGCAGGACAGUGAAUGACUCCAUGUGUCUCUAUGCAUUUAAAACACGUCACGCCAUCAGUCACCGAUAUCUUAGUAUUCCAACCGAGCGCGUGAGCGCUCACAUAUCGUACUGUUUAUAUGGGUAUUCCUUCUUUUGAUUCUGAGUAUUUUAUAUCAGUUUCCCUCAUGGGUAACCUGAUCUUAGUAUUUACAAUGAGAGUAGACUAAUCUUAGUAACUUCAACGAGUAUCUCGCACUUCUUACUGCGGCGAGAUCACAUGCUCAUUUCUUAGUACCUUUGAUGAAUAAUCUCUGUAUUUAUGACAAAUGCUCGUUUAGUAAUCUCUUUGUCUUGGUAAACCUGAUGAGUGCUGGCAUCUUUGUAUCUGCAGUUAGUAUUCUUGUCUUGGAUUUUUGAUGAGUACUACUUAAAAAUCGAAGAAAAGCUUUUAUCCAGCACCUGUAAAGCGAUAUUCGCAUUGGUGGAAUAAUUACGAUGUGCUUUGCUGAGAACGAAGAAAUAUAUUUAUUAUUGUAUGUAUGUGUUAUUUUUAUGAAUUAUUUUUAAAAUAGUUUUGGUUGUUAUUGCUACCUUCUGUACUUUGAUACCAUUUCCCAGUCUGUGAGCGUCCAUUUUGAUCUACAGUAUUCACUGUAAUUGUACUGUAUUUGGCAAAUUUAAUUUUUUUAUAUGGUACAAAGACUGAGUACUUAUCUUUGUUUCCACAAGUACUAAACUGAGUUUACUUAAAUGGUUUAUGCAAAAUGAUUAUCUCGUUUAUUUCCAAUUUUAUUUAAAUGUGAAUCCCCAGAAGAAGAAAAAAACACUGUGCAGAUUGUGUUACCUCAAGUUAAGGAACUAAACUAGUUGAAAUCAAUAAAUGAAUAAACCCUUGAAGUAAUCUCAACCAACAGGUGCAUCUUAUCAGUGUGUCUUAGUAAUCGGGUAAGUUCUCUCAUCUUAGUAAUGCUGCUGUAGUGGUGAAUAUGAACUGAUGUACUACAUUUGUAAAACUUAACUUAGUAAAUCAAAGCAUUAAUCGGGUUAAACUGUUACAGCCCCAAACACUUGUGAUAUUUCAUACUGCAAAAUGAAUGUGCAUGAACGUUGAUUGUUUUAUUUGAAUCUUUCGAAUUUGUGCGCUUAAGGAACAAGACGGUGAUUACUUUUGGACAAAUCACGGCAUGAGUGAUAAACUGCUAAGAAAAAAAAAAUGGACUGAUGGGGGGAAAAAAGGGCCAAGAGGCUUUAAAAAUAAUGUGACAUGGUCCAAAAUGAAACCAUGAUGAC